CAGUCGACUCGCCGAGUAGAUAGCUCAGUUAUCGUCUGUCUCUUGCGGGGUGUGUACGUCUCUCGUCCUGCACUAGUGUUCCUGUUUAGGCCUUACGCUUAUUCAAAAUGUCGGUGUUCAGCUCUUGCCUAACCCUUUUUGCUAUUAUUGGCACUGCAAUGGCCCUCCAGUGCUAUGUGUGUAAUAAUGUGAUGGACUCUGCCUGUAAUGACGAGUUCAGCUAUGAUUCCCCUGCCUUGAAAGCAGCUUUCAUUAAGAACUGCUCUGAUGAAAUACCUGCACUUUCUGGUGACAACGAGACUAUAGUUGAUGUCUUUUGCCGCAAAACCAAACUAUAUGUUGAUCGAGUGGAGUUAAAUGGCUCGAUCCGUCUUCACCGGGACUGUGGUUACAAUCGCCGUGAGGGCGCUGAUUGUUAUCAGAAGCGUGCCGAGGACUACGUGCAACAAGUUUGUCAGUGCAACGGCGAUUUCUGCAAUGGCUCUCCAGCUCUCACAUUCUCUUUGGCUCCUGUUCUGUUGGCUCUCACCCUUCCUUUCUUUGCUAGAUAUUUGUAAAUCUGUAGACAAAAUUUUUUAUUUUGGCUUGAAAAACGAGUGCAAAUCCUUUGGGCUCUAGAAUGAAGUACAGUACCUGAACUGUACUAAAAUUUAUUAAACCAAUUCCACAUCUUUCUCCAACCAAUACAAUAUACGUACAGAAUAUAUCUAUGGAUAUACAGUAUUGUACAGUAUGUUACUACUGUAUGUUUAUUUGCAUUCUUUCUUUCACUAUUCCAAGUGCACUUUUAUGAAACAUUAAAGCACAUCAUUUAGGAUGCAUAAUACAGUUAUAAGUUUUAGUACCCAGCAAACCUUUGACAACUUCCCUUUUCUAUGCAAGUAGGUUUUUGUACAUAUAUAUACAUUGUAUAAACACAUAUGGGAAUUGAAGAAAACGAUGUCUGUUGGAAUAUGAUUGCUUGGGUAUAGUUUAAAAACCUGUAGUGUUUAUUUUAAAUUCUGUUAUUUAAUGGUAUAUAUAUAUAUAUAUAUAUAUAUAUAUAUAUAUAUAUAUAUAUAUAUAUAUAUAUAUAUAUAUAUAUAUAUAUAUAUAUAUAUAUAUAUAUAUAUAUAUAUAUAUAUAUAUAUAUAUGUAAUUUAUUUUUUUCCAAAUAACUACAGUAUACUCUAUGUAAAAGACAAAGGAGUAAAACUGAAAAGUUAUUAAUAUAAGGUUUAAACUCAAAUGUGUUUUUGUGUUUUCAAAUACAGUACAGUAUAUGAUAACCAGUUUCACAUUUAAUUAAAUAUAAAUGAAAUGAAUAUGUUAUUAGGCUGUUGUAAAUGGUUAAUAAAUUCUUUAAAUAAUAA